AUGUCUGCCCCACAAACCACUACCUCUGUUGCUACCCGCUCCAACCAGGGCACCGUUGCACCCAAGGAAGCUUUGAAGCUUCGUCUUGACCUCAACCUCGAGGUUGAGAUCGCCAUCCAGGCCAAGGUCAACGGGGACAUCACCCUUUCCCUCCUGCCUGGAGAGAGGGUAUUAGAUUGCGGUUGUCGGGUUCGGUAAGGAUUCGCUUUGCUGAAUACCAGUUUUUAUUGAUGCUGACGUCUAAAUGCCUAGCCUAUAAUCAUGUCGAUUACCUUCUUCCUAUCCUUCAUUU